AUUUUUUUUAGGAUGAGCAAGGUUUGUGCCAUUUUUGGAGGAUCCCGAGGAAUAGGAAAAGCUGUAGCAGAAUUAUUGGCACGGAAAGGCUGCCACCUGGCAAUUAUUGCUAGAAAUCUUGAAGUAGCCCAAAAUACUGCAUGCGGUCUUGGUGCUGGCCAUUUGGUACUUAGCUGUGAUAUAUCCAGAGAACAAGAAGUCCAACGCGCUUUUGAAGAGAUACAGAGGAAUUUAGGUCCUAUAAACUACUUGGUUAAUGCAGCUGGGAUCAACAGGGAUGGCUUGUUACUGAGAACCAAGACUGAAGAUAUGGUAUCCCAGAUUCACACAAACCUUUUGGGAACAAUGCUGACAUGUAAAGCUGCUGUAAAAAGUAUGAUUCAUCAUCAAGGAGGUGCUAUUGUUAAUAUAGGAAGUGUUGUAGGACUUAAAGGCAACUCUGGUCAAAGCAUAUACAGUGCUAGCAAAGCAGGAAUAGUUGGAUUUUCACGUUCUCUUGCUAAAGAAGUAGCAAGAAAGCAGAUUCGAGUCAACGUGGUUGCUCCAGGUUUUAUUCACACAGAGAUGACUGCUCAUUUGGAAGAAGACCAGCUGAAGAAAGCAAUUCCCCUUGGAAGAUUUGGAGACCCUCACGAAGUUGCACAAGCUGUUUUAUUUCUCCUGGAGUCCCCUUAUGUUACAGGCAGUACUCUAAUUGUGGAUGGCGGCUUGCAGCUUUUGAUUUAGACAUUACCUUGAAUAAAUACCUGCUUAAAUGUCAAGUGGGUAACAUAUACAUGCUAAUUAAGGAGGGGGAAAUUAGUCUAAGAUUCAUGUAUGCAAUUGACUUGAUAUUCUUUAAUCAGAUAAGUAAUUUGUUGCAGUAGAGUCCGACAGGUAUGCUUAGCUUCCUGAAAGAGUCCAUUUGGUUGUAUGAAGUUUGCAUAUGUAACAAUUCUAAAAAGGUCUGCCUUUGGUAUGGUGAUAGUUAUAAAUCACUUCCUGAUGCAUUUUUAAAGCACUGUUUUUAUCAAGACACGUUUUCCAGUUUGGAAACGGAGUAGAGAUUAUAAUCUGAAUUAUUGUCUUACACAAAGGUGAAUAAAAUGCUUAUUUGCUGCCAGUUACGAUUGCAGUUCUUCAUGUAUGUUGAAGACUGUGAACCACAUGGUUUUUUGAUUCUUAUCAGUCAGUCCCUACAAAGUGGCAAAGAGUUUCCUUUGUUUUUUUGUUUGUAGCAGGAACUCCAAAGGCAGAAGCUUCUUGGUCUCCAGAGCUCCUGAAUUGCCUUUACAAGGUGUAAUUAUAUGCCAUAUAUUUUUAUGGGAGCAAAAACUAUGCAGUUCCAUCCUUCAAUGUAUGUACAGUGAUUAAUUAAUUCAGUAGCACUUAAUUAGAUUAAAGGACCAUUAAAGGUCAGUAGAGUUGCUCAUUUUGUAAUUUUCUGAGUUCCAGCUGCACAGACACUGGUCACUGGUGAAUGGUGUGGUUGCAGGCCUUGCUGCGUGGAAGUCUUUCCACAGGCUCAGUGCAUGCUGAGAAGACAAGUAUUCCUUUUGAAGUGCAGAGUGGUGCUGUGUGUCUUCUUCUGCUCGGUCCAACUGUGUUAUGUUGACACUCUUUAACAUGUGUAUAUAUAGUCAAUAAAGUAGCCAUUUAUUUUACUGAA